AUGUCUGACGACGAAGGUGGACAUGGCGGUGGCGGCUUCUCCCCAGCCUAUGACAAUGACGAGCCCGCCGAAUACGAUAUCGAUGAACCUUUGGAGCCGUAUGAUCCUGAUGAGGAAACUCAUAACCCAGACGGUACGGCACUUGGGGAAGAUCAAGAGAACUUUGAACAAAACAACAUCGUUGAAUCUGGAGAUCCUUCAGCUGCGGCAAAUAGAAGCAAAGCGAAGGACAUAAAGGACAAGAAGAUCUCCAAAGAAAACCGAACUACGACGCCAUAUAUGACAAAAUACGAGAGGGCCAGAAUUUUAGGUACAAGGGCGUUGCAGAUUAGUAUGAAUGCGCCCGUUUUGGUGGAUCUAGAAGGAGAGACGGAUCCUCUUCAAAUUGCGAUCAAAGAGAUGAAAGAAAGAAAGAUACCCCUGAUCGUUCGGCGAUACAUGCCAGAUGGAUACUAUGAGGAUUGGACCUGCGAAGAAUUGUUGCAGUAA